AUGGGUAAAUACGAUCGCAAGGAAAAGUCACAGCCGAAACAUGGGAAGCCCCCAUCCAGCGGUGCAUCCAAGGCGCCGGCGCGGAUAACCCCCGGCGUGCCAGGCUGGAAAGGGCCUGGCUACAUUCACAAAAAGAAGAAGCCUCAGCAGCCAUCUGCAGGCUCGGGGUCAGCGGCAGCAUCAGAGCCUCCUAGGCUGGAACAUGUACUCCCCGUGGAGCUCGAGCAGCUAAUGAUCAAUAUCUUCCGCACCACCUUCCCUGCGUCGAAUGACUUCGAAGCGCUGAAGCCGACACUGCAGGAGAUCAAGGAGGCGCUAUUUAGGAGGGACUUUGACAUGGCAUUUGGAAGGGCCGAUUUCCUGGAUGCAUAUGCGAUCCGGUGGAGUCCCAGUCGCGCGUUGGGAUAUGCGCAGCUGAUGGCUUGGAUCUGCGAGGAGAGGGCCGACGACGCUUGCAUCCAGCGGUUGGCCGGCGGCGAGGAGGAGCAGAAAACAGCCAAGGUGGUAUGUUUCGGGGGCGGGGCGGCUGAGAUCAUGGCGUUCUCGGGUCUUUUGCGUCACCUACGGCCGUCAGAAGCAGCCGGAAAACCAGAUUCACCAUCCGAGGACGUCUCGGAAGAUCUGCAGGCCCUGUCAAUUUCAGAGGCUGAACCCUCGGCGACACUCCUCGAUCUUCACCUUGUAGACACAGCGGACUGGUCUUCCGUGCUCUCCAAGCUACAUGCGUGCCUCGAGACGCCUCCCACUCUUUCCAAGUAUGCUAGCGCGGCAGCUCGAGCCACAAAUGCCUCAUUCCUCUCGCCCGGAGCUGUUAAGCACACUUUCACGCGCACAGACGUGCUAGGCUGCAGUACUGAAGACCUCCGAGCGGCCAUCGGACCUGACCCGGCGCUUCUUACACUGCUCUUCACUCUGAACGAGCUCUACGCGGCCUCGAUGCCUCGAACCACCGCGUUUCUGCUCAAAUUUACGGAGGCUGCUCCUAGUGGCAGCUUGCUGCUCGUGGUAGACAGCCCGGGAUCUUACUCUGAGGCCGCCGUUGGUAAUGCCAAGGAUGGGGAGGAGAAGAAGAAAUAUCCCAUGAGUUGGCUCAUGGACUACGCCCUCGUGCCAAAACCGAGAAAGAAGACAGCUGAUGGAGAGGAAGUUGGCGAGGGGGAAUCGGCUAAUGCGUGGCAAAAGGUCAUUUCCGAGGACAGCGUGUGGUACCGGUUGGAAGAGGAUUUAGAGUACCCGGUCAGCCUGGAGAACAUGAGAUUUCAGAUCCACGUGUUCAAACGUGUAUGA